AUAAUCUGUAGCCAGUUUCUGUCAUACUUGUCACAAUCAUAAUCAUUUUCUUAAACGUCAAAUUGACUUAAGUUUGUAAGCAAGUUCGUUUCAGAUUUUCAAGAAAGUAAAUAAAAACUGAUUACCAGUAGCAGAACUAAUAAACCUCCAAAAAAUGAAUCACAAUCAAAUGAACAUGCAUGUUCCUAUGAAUACCGUUGGCGGUACCCCGAAUGUGGGGAUGCAAAUGCCUGUGCCAGGCACAAUAAUGCAGCAGCAAUCGCCUCAGCAAAUGCAGCAACCUGUGAUGCCUCAGCAACCACAACAGCAGGACAAAAUGGACAAUAUAUCAAGAGUUAAGACUCUCAUGGGAUCGCUCCGUGAAUCAAUACCUAUGACAUUAAAGUCGGCAGCGCAGAUUUUACACCAGAACCAUAAUUUAGAUUCAAAUUCACAAAAAGGCAUAGACAACCCAGUACCAAGAUUUGAUAAAAAUCUAGAGGAGUUCUUCUCAAUUUGUGAUCAAAUGGAGCUGCAUCUGCGGACUGCAAUAACGUGUAUUCAACAAGCGCAGUCAGCGGCUCACUACCUGCCUCUGAGCAUCAUGCCUUCGAGGCUGGACACUGGACCGGCAACCACGGACACAAGUCUUAGUUACCCUCAGUACCUGAACACAGUUCGGCUUCAAAUCACAUACGCCAAGGACAUACACGAUACGCUCGUGGCAGCCGCACAGAACAUCUCACCAACUGAGUAG